ACCAAAUCCAUUUGACAACUUUGGGAUUUCAAACUCUGAGACAGAUUCCAUUUACUCUCUCUGCCAAAAAGAAGAAAAGAAAAAAACUUUACCUAACUCCAAUCUUUUUUUUUGACUUUCAAAGACUCUCUCUCUCCUCUCUAUAGGAGGAUACAGCCAAACUCACUCUCAACUCUCCCCCAAAAAACCUUUUACAACCCCUUAUCUUCUUUCUGAUUAACCUCUGGUUUCUUGAAGCUGUUCACGUGAAAAGGGAUUCUCAAUGUAUUCCAUCCAAACCAUCACAUCUCUCUACCUCGUGAUUCCAUUAUGUCAUUCACACAGUCUGUCUUCUCUCUGAGAAUCUGAGAUCAUCCUCACCUUUCUCUAAACUCCAAAAACAUGGGCCGCUUGUGUAUAUGGAGAACUCUCAUUCUCCUCUCCCUCUUCGUCAAGCAAGCCAAGAGCCAAGAUCCCAACACUGACGCCUCUCAUCUCUCAAACUUCUUCAACCAAAUGAGUUCUUCACCCAAAGGUCACACAUUUUCUUCGUUAUGUUCUUCGCCAGGAGUAGUCUGCGACAAACAAAAACAGAACAUCCUCCACUUCUCAGCUUCCGGGUCGGACCUAUCCGGUCCCAUCCCCGAAAACACCAUCGGAAAAAUGAUAAAGCUCCAGUCUUUAGAUCUCAGCCGCAACAAAAUCACCUCUCUCCCCUCAGACCUCUGGAGUCUCGACUCCCUCAAGCAUCUCAACCUCUCCUCCAACCUUAUCUCCGACCCUCUCCCCAGCAACAUCGGCAACUUCGUCUCCCUCCAGACCCUCGAUCUCUCUUUCAACACCUUCUCCGGCGAAAUCCCCGCUUCCAUAAGCUCCCUCGUCGGCCUCACAACUCUCGACCUCAACAACAACGCCUUUCAGUUCGCCGUCCCUCCAGGGCUUCUCAACUGCAGAUCUCUAGUCUCCAUCGACCUCUCGUCGAAUCGCCUCACCGGGUCUCUCCCUGCUGAGUUCGGUUUCGCCUUCCCGGAGCUGAAAAGUCUGAACCUUUCGCGUAAUCUGUUACAGGGCUCGGUGAACGGAGUCUUGCAUGGAAACAUGGAGACAGUUGAUCUCAGUAAAAAUCGCUUUGAUGGGCAUGUAUUGCAUUUAAUAGCCGGACCUAUACACAACUUGUCUGGUUUAAUUCAUCUUGACUUGUCUGAGAAUGGUUUUGUGGGGCAUAUUCUCAACGGUUUGAGUUCAGCUCAGAAGCUGGGACACCUCAACCUCGCGUCAAAUCGAUUCAGAGUACAAGAGUUCCCGCAAAUCUUAAAGCUUUCAGGUUUAUAUUAUAUGAAUCUAUCAAGAACCAAUCUGGCAGGUUCCAUUCCGAGUGGAAUCACUCAGCUGAGUCAGCUCAAGGUUCUUGAUCUCUCCUAUAAUAACCUCACUGGGAAUGUACCUUUGUUACCUCUCAAGAACAUUGAAGUACUUGAUCUCUCGCUCAACAAGCUAGAAGGAGACAUUCCAAGGAGGGUUCUGGAGAAGCUCCCUGUAAUGGAGAGGUUUAACUUCUCUCACAACAAUCUAACCUUUUGUGACCCUAACCUCUCACAAGGGAUGAUUCAGACAUCCUUCAUUGGCUCCACAAACAACUGCCCCUUCGCUGCAAAUGUUCAAAAGGGGGAGAGCGUGAGCAAGAAGAAGACAGGGCUUAAGAUUGGUUUGACUUUAGCUAUCUCCAUGGCGUUCUUACUUGUUGGUCUGUUGGUUAUACUUGUGGCAAUGAGAGGUAGAAGAAAAUCAAGAACAUGGGCGACGAAGCCAGCAGCGGAACCAAACUUGUUAGACCAAGGGGAUUCAUCAACUUAUGUCCCUGUUGUGAUGAUUGAUAAGCCUUUGAUGAAGAUGACGCUUGCAGACCUCAAGGCUGCCACUCUUAACUUUGAUAGUGGCGCAUUGUUGCGGGAAAGCAAGUCUGGUCCUACUUAUGAAGCAGUCUUACCCGGCGGGUUCAGAGCAGCUUUGAAAGUUGUCUCGAGUGGAGCCACGUUGAGUGAUCAUGAAGCCUCGGUUACUUUCGAACGCCUUGCCAGGAUCAAUCAUCCUAAUCUUGUCCCUCUCUCUGGGUACUGUAUAGCUGCAGAGCAAAGAAUAGUGAUCUACGAGCACCUAGAGUAUGUUAACUUGCAUACUUUACUUCACACCACAGAUGGCUCUGUGUCAUGGAUACUCCGGCAUAAGAUAGCAUUGGGGACAGCUAGGGCGUUGGCUUUCCUCCACCAUGGCUGCAUUCCUCCGGUGGUGCACGGAGAAGUGAAGGCUGGAACAAUCUUCUUAGACUCUAGCCAGGAGCCUCAACUAGCAGAAUUUGGUUUAGCCAAACUCUUAAACGAGGGACUUAUCAGUGAUUUAGACGGCUACACACCGACAGAGCUGGAGGAACAUGGCUCACCUACAUUGGAAUCCGAUGUGUACAGCUUUGGAGUCGUUCUGCUUGAGCUUGUGAGCGGGAAGAAGGCGGAAUGGGACUUGGUGGACUGGGUGAGAGGGUUGGUGAGGCAAGGAGAAGGAUCUAGAGCCAUAGAUCCGACGCUGCAAGGGACAGGUCCGGUGGAGCAGAUUGCAGAAGCUGUGAAGAUAGGCUACUUGUGCACGGCUGAUCUAUCAUGGAAGCGACCCACGAUGCAGCAGGUGGUUGGACUGCUCAAAGACAUUUCACCGUCAUAACGUCACAAUUACAUACUAACUUGGUUAUAAAGGUUGUAUUAUAUUGUUGAUGAUUUGGAGAUUAGAAGUGGAAGAUUGUGUGAUACUCUCUUAACAUACUGUCACACUUGACAAUACUAACAUGGUCAUAAAGUAUGUAUGUUCUAUUUUGUUGAUCAUUUGAAGAUUUUAGUGUGAACAUGAAAGAGUCAUUUAUGUCUGAGUGGACUA